GAUGAACUCAUUGUAUAAUCGCAUCUCAAACGAAUUUCGCACAAGUUUGACGUAUAGUAUGACUCCAACAUCAAUAACAAAUUAUAACAAUAAGGAUAAUUUAUUAAGGAAAUUAUGGCUAUCAAAUUGCAUCAGUUCUAUACGACAUAACAACAAUAAUAAUGGCAGUUAUCUUAUAAACUAUAAUAAGAAGAAACCUACAAAUUACAGAACUAAAACAAGUCUAGAUCCAUUGAACAAUUUCAGUUAUGGAGGUUCAAUGAAAAAUUUAUUCAACUCAAAUAUUCAUACGGAUUUUGAAACAGAUUUGAAUUUAAAUGUUAAGUGGGAUUUUCAAAUUAAUGCAAACUAUGAUAAUAUUAAAAGUCAAUGGAAUAAAUCUAUAAGGUCAAGUGAAACUGAAACUGUACAUGAACAAAAAUCUCACUUUGGCAAUAAUCCUAAUCUAAAAUUUACAUUCUCAAACUUGAUUGAAUUAUGUGAUUUAGCAGGAUUGCAUAUUAGUGAAUAUGAUAUUUCAUCUUGUAUUAUAAAAUCUGAGUUCCAUGAACAUUACACGGAAAGUAAUACAUUCAAGUCAAGUAUUCAACAAAAAGCUUAUUUUGUCAAAUUAUAUGAAAUACAUUGUGAACAAGUUUAUACUGCUGUUAUUAAUAUUCAAAUAGAAAAUUUACAAACAAUAUGGCAUCGGUUUUGGUGUUCAUCGGAAUCUACAACGUGUACAUCAGAAUGUAGCUUACCAAAGAGUUAUUUAAUUGAAUUAUGCGAUGAUUCAAAGAUUUGUCAGUUCAUUGAAUUAGCCGAUAGAACAUUAUAUCAAAUAUUAUUGGAUAUUAUUAUAAACGAUAGUUUGAAAACACUAUGCAAUGAUUUACUUCAAGCAUUACAAACAAUGAUUAAAUUAAUGGAGGCUUAUCUGCAGUCGGCUAUUCGACAUUUUAAUCCACAAUUGAUUAAUAGAAAAUUAUCAGCUGUUGCCUGUUUCAUUAAAGGGUUACAUCGUGCAAUGAGUAUAAGUUGUUUCAGUCAUACUGUUGGAAAUAUUAUCAAUGAUACACAGAAAUGCGAACAAAUAUUAAGUGAUAUCGAUAAAUUAGAUUUAAAGUGUAUUGAAGCACAAGGAUCUUGGGCAAGUGAUUGCCUGUUAUACGGACUUAUUCAAAACUCUUUCUGUUCAUCUUUAAUCGUUCACAAUUCUGGCAAAAGUUCAUCAAAAAAAGGAAUAAAAGAGGAACCUUCGGAUCAACUGUCAUCGUUGUCAACUCUCAAAUCGUCAGGCUACACGGAGAAUUUUAUAAGUCUUACUCGUGAAAUGUUUAGCUCGGAAAAGUAUCUUUACAAUGAUGAUGAUAAUUCAUAUUACGGAGCUGAUAUUAAGGUUUUACACUCUGAAAUGUGUAAUCUUCUAAUGAAUAAAUCAAGUUUAACGAUGUGGACUAGGUGGCUUGAUAAUAUUGUUACACGAAGUUUGGUUAAUUCUCCAUCAGGUCCAAAACGUGCCAGUGCUGCAAGACAAUUAAUGCUUGUAUGGACGUAUUACAGUUCUUUAUUAAUGCGUGAGUUAACUUUACGAUCAGCUAUCAGCUUUAGUAAUUGUCAUUUAUUACGUAUGCUAUGUGAUGAAUACUUAUCAUAUCGUCUUGAACAAGUUGCAUCAAGUCCUUUGACAACUUUACCUAAACUUUUCAAUGAAACACCCUCAACUCCGUUAUAUCCAAACAAGAACGAUAGUAAUACCAAUAUUGAUUGUUUUCAAAUUACUACGGAGCAUCUUGAAGGAUACGAAAAUUUGCCUACAAGUACCGUAAAUAAUAUCAUAUCACUGAAGUCCUACCCAUCAAAUAAUGAAAUUAGUAAUCAGCAUGAGAAUAUAUGCAAUAAACAUCUUUCCGGUAAAAACCUAACUUCUUAUUCUACUGCUACUACUACUCAUAAUGAAAUCAGUAGUAGGAAUAGCAUUACCGAGGAUAAUGAUGAUGGUGAUAUAUUUAUGGAGAAUUCAAAUACAACUUUAUUAUUAUCAUCAAUCAAUAGUGAUAACUACCUUGAAUAUAUUGAUACACAAAUUUUAUCCAACCAUGAUGAUAUCGAGCUUGUUGAUGAAGAUGAUGUUGACAAUGAUGCAUUAUGCAAUGCACUAUCACCAAAUUGUUUAUUACAGCGAAAUACUACUAAUACAGACAAUUUAUUAUUUAAUAUGAACGGAAGUGAUGAUAUAACCAGUGUUAAUACCAGUGUAGAUAGUCAUGAUGACCACAGUCAUCUUCAGAGGGGAGUUGUCGAUGAACAUACUCCUAGUCACAUGGUGGUGACUCGUAGUAAAGAUUCAUCAGACUCAGAUAGACCAAAUAAUUAUUUCUCAUUUGGCUUUAGUAAUGAUCCCAUUUUAACUGAAACCACUCAAUUCAAUGAUCCCGAUGAUGAUUAUGCUAAAAGUACACUUUUAAAUGAUGGUAUUAUUGAUAUUGACCAUAGUAAGUAUUGGUCUUGUCGACAGCACCCAUCAACACAUCAUUAUUCCCCAAAGAAAUCUUUGGAAACCCUCAAUCGUUCAUCUUUUGUUCUUUGAACAAUUCAGAUACUGAGAAAAGAAGAUUUCCUCUAAAUGAUGUAACAAAUAUUGCAUUAUCUGUUUCAAAAACACCAGUCAGAGCUGAUACUAAAAACUUUUGUAUCAGUGAUACAGUGGCACUGCCUUCAACCUUAUCCUAUUCUUCUUCUUCAAGUCGACCAAAUCGUAAAUUAUCAAAGCCAAAUAUAUUACACAUACAGACACACAUGAAAACAUACGAUGAGGACCAACAAUCAACUAGCUACCGUCAAAAUGAUACUUAUUGUUUUAGCAAUCGUAAUUCCGGGUCUUUUUCCAAGUGCGAGUCGUCUGAUUGGUUGGAAUCGAGUGUGAAAGUGGAAAACAAUGACAAUAUUAACAAUCCUAAAAACAAUAAGAGUAAUUAUUACUAUAAUCAAAGCAUAAAUAGUGGCAAUAUUGUUGGCAAAGCGAACAAAAGUUUUCUAAAAUUAUCAUCAUCAAGUCAUGUGGAGCAACGGAUCGUGGCUUCACUACCCGAUGAUUUAAUUCGGACAACGAACAGUCAAGCACCUCGUAAAACUGUCUGCAUAACAGUUGGGUCUGAAGAAAACGAGAAUUGAAGUACACUUGUUGAUUUCAGAUUUUUCACCCUAAUACAACAGAUAUUUUGUGUUUUCAAUGAAUUCAUACGUCAUGAUGUUAACAAUAGAGAAAAUAACCUUAAACACUGAAAUGUUUGUUACUUGGUAUUUUUUUCAUCUUUGACUUAAGUCGAAAUACAUGGUUUUCUAAUAUGAAGUAUUUUGUUGAAUUAGUACUGUAAUGAAAAUGAAUCUCACUUGAGUUCAAAUGAUCAUGGGAGAAGAAUAAUGAAAGAUAAUAUAUUUAUGAACUAACUGUGUUUCCUACUUCUGGUUACUGAUUUCAAUGGAACAGAAGAGAACCAAUCAGGAUUUCUGUGUAGCAGAAAAGGUAUCACAAUGGUUUUCAUGGCAUGUUUAACCACAAAAUCGAGUCAACACUUAGGAUUCUAUCAUGCCUCACCGUUUCGGUCAAAACAAAAAGGAUGUAGAAGCUUACUGUGAAAAAUUGAAUCCAGUUUACUCAAGUAAUCCUCACAGCCUUCAGGCAUUAAGAAAAGACCUUAUAAAGUAUGAGUACAAUUGAAUACGGUUUUAUGAAUAACAACAGAAACUUUGUUAUAUCCAUGUGUGCAGUAAUUAUAAAGUUCAUCAAUCUCCCUCUAGGUGUUUGUCUUUUCUGUACCUUGAUCAACCAUGAAGCAAGAUGUUCCUAAACUUCGUGUUCACUCUGCGUAGUGCAUAUAUCUGAUUCAACAGGAGCAGCUGAAGCGGUAACUUAAGGAAUACUAUGGAUUACUAAAUCACACAGAUUUUUAGAAUUAUGACCACCAACAGAAUCUGAGGCAAACGUCUUCCUCUCAAUAAGGGCUGUUGUGGUAAUUAAAGCGGUGACUCAGCCAGAUCUUACACAAACAGAAGCCGAUGCGUCUCAGGUAGGACGAAACGAGUGUGGUGAUUCGGCUGCUAGCCACCACCAAGUAAAUUAGUUCAGUACUGUCUAAAAUUCGUGUCGCAUUUCAAAGUUCUACAUAAUUUCUGCUUUUAAAUCUCCUGGUUGCGUUUGAAUUUCUUCCAAGUAUGCCAAUCAGGGAGUUGUUUACAUCAAUCAUCUCUACGUAUGACUAACAGCUAACUUAGCAACAUACAAAGAAAUCAAGGAAACAAAGUCCACCCACUGUGUUAUCAUAUUUACUGAUGUUAUAAUAAUGUCAGUCCGGCAAGAGUUGAAAAUACUGAAUGAAAUAAAAGUAGGUGUUCAAGAUUUGACAAAGGGUAAAUAAAACUAAACUUCCAGUU